AUAUUUGCAGCGUGAAAUGGACCCUAACCGUAAAAUCCCAAAUGCAACGCACUUGUCGCGCUGGUCAACAGCGACAGAGGCUUUACGUAUUUGAAUCCGACUCCGUGCAACGAAGCAACGGUCUCUUUAAAUUUCCACAAGGUGCUCUUCAUUUAAAUUGUCACUGUCGUUUUGUGUUGAGCGCACCAGGCGUGCUUCUGGAGGAUUAUUCUGGAGGAAAGAUCGACGUUAGUCGAUGUACGUUCAGGAUACUGCCGGCAAAUCAGUUGAGAAGUUAACGACGAAUUGUUUUAAGCGACUCCUCGUACGAUCAGAGCCUGUCUCUUGUCCGCAAUUAUGUCGCACUUAAGAUAUAUGAAAGAACUCAGCAAUUUAACCCGUAUGGACGAUUCCAUAAAAGGACCUCUCCCACGGUGGCAAAAGAAAUGUUUGGAGAACUCGAAUUCGAGUGUUAAUCUCAGCUUGAACUCGUCGAGAAAAGUUCUAGGUAACUCCAUGUCAAGUAGCAUAUCUGCGAAAUCUCCUUCGAAGAAACACGAUGGCAGGAACAAGAAGACCCCUUCCAAAGGUUCUAGAAAGUCUCCGAGUCGUACUCCAGCUAAGACACCCAAUGGUGGUGACAGGUUUAUUCCCUCAAGAUCGACAACUAAUUUUGACUUGAGUCAUUUCAAAAUCCUUCAGCAGCAGAACGCAGAUCCAGACAAAGCUGAAGACAAAAGUCCGUCGAAACGAGAAUUGCAGCGUCUCAUAGGAGAAAAUCUUCAUGGUGGUGACAUAGAGAGCAUGAGAGUUUUGUCCUAUCAUAUUAAAGCUCCGGCAGCUCCGGAUGGGUAUCAGAACCCUCUAAAGGUCCUCUACAGUCAAACUAAAACACCGGCUAGUGUUAAAGCUUCUUCAAGAUACAUACCUCAAGCUCCUGAUAGAAUAUUGGACGCUCCCGAGAUCAUUGAUGAUUACUAUUUGAACUUGGUGGACUGGUCAAGCAGCAAUAUCUUGGCUGUCGCGCUGGGCGCCAAUGUAUAUUUAUGGGAUGCCGCAACUGGAUCCAUUCAGCAGUUAUUCGAAUUGGAGGCGAACGAUUACGUGUGCUCUGUCUCAUGGAUCCAGGAAGGUCCCCACCUGGCGAUAGGCACUACAACGGGAAAUACAGAACUGUGGGAUUGUAGCGAGAUGAAGAGGGUCCGUGUGAUGAACGGACACUCGGCCAGAGUUGGUUCUCUCUCCUGGAAUUCCCACGUAUUAUCGAGCGGGUGCAGAUCAGGCAAGAUAGCGCAUCACGACGUCAGACAACGAGAUCACCUGAUCUCGACAUUAAAUGCACACGCUCAAGAGAUUUGUGGCUUAAAAUGGUCGCCCGACGGACAUUAUUUGGCCAGCGGCGGCAACGAUAAUAUGUUAUUGAUCUGGCCUUCGAUGGCCGGACAGAAUUAUACUCAGGCUCAGCCGAUUUAUUCGUUAAAUCAUCAUCAAGCCGCCGUGAAAGCGCUCGCUUGGUGCCCCUGGCAGAACAAUAUACUCGCGAGCGGGGGCGGUACUGCUGACCGGACCAUUAGAUUCUGGAAUUGCAACACAGGUGCUUGCUUGAAUAGCGUCGACACAAGAUCUCAGGUCUGCUCGUUGCUGUGGUCGACAAACUACAAGGAAAUUAUCUCCGGCCACGGUUAUGCGCAGAAUCAGCUGACGAUUUGGAAGUAUCCGGCAAUGACGAAGGUAGCAGAGCUCACGGGGCAUACCAGUCGCGUUUUGCACUUGGCGAUGUCACCGGACGGAAGCACAGUGCUCAGUGCCGGCGCCGAUGAAACACUGAGGCUGUGGAAGUGCUUCCAGGUGGACCAGCAGAAGAAGAAGGAUUACAGCGAAAUGAAAUCGGUCGCGUCCAGACUUAAGCAGUCGAUCAGAUAAGAUCGACCCGUCCCGCUAUACGAUUAUGUUUCAGUAUUUAUUUACAUUAUUUGAUUGAUAUACAUGUGAUCGGCAUAUGCGCGUGAUGAGCAAACAACAUUAGGACGUUGCAUUAACCCAGGGAUGCACAUGCUCGGGAUUGCGUGCGAGAUGCGUGUGCUGCCUGGAAGUUGUACGGAUGCUAAUUUUAAGUACGUUUCAUAGAUGGACUCGGUUGUUCAGGCUCCCCGUGAGAUUAUAGUUUCUCUAAAGUAAUAAUUAUAAAUGUAACAACGAGAGAGAAUAAACGUUUUUCUUGAAUACACAAAAAAU